AUGACUCAAUUCAACCUUUCUCGCUCAAUCCGGUCCCGUGUCGUCUUCCUCCGGAAAUUCCUCAUUCGCUUCUGGAACCAUGUUCUCAUGUGUUCCAUCGGAAAGCCGGUUCAAUACAGAGUCCUGCCUCCUUCUCAGUCGCCUUCGCCUUCUAUAACUCCGUCACCAUCCUCGGUGGACCUUGAGAGCGGAGAGCCACCGAUGAACGUGGCGCCAUUGUGUCAUAAUGAUGACAUUGACUCAGAUUUGAUUUCGCUGAAGAUCAGCCUCUUAGGCGAUAGCCAGAUUGGAAAAACAAGUUUCUUGGAGAAGUACGUAGAGGAUCCCAACCAACAAAAAAAGAUGGGCUCGAAGAAGAAUGGUUUGACGUCGAUGGACAAGACAUUGUUUGUCAAAAGUGUUCGUAUUUCUUACAGUAUCUGGGAACUUCAAGAUGACAGUAGGUCUGUGGAACGAAUGGCUAUUGCUUGUCAGGAUUCUGUGGCUAUUUUGUUCAUGUUUGAUCUAUCUAGUCGGCGAACAUUGAAUAGUGUUAUACGCUGGUAUCAAGAAGCAACGAAAUGGAAUCAGAGGGCAAUUCUCAUUCUAAUAGGGACCAAGUUUGACGAAUUCAUCCAACUCCCAAUUGAUUUGCAAUGGACAAUUGCCAGCCAGGCUAGAGCAUAUGCAAAGGCUAUGAAUGCUACUCUCUUCUUCUCAAGUGCUACCUACAACAUUAACGUGAACAAGAUCUUCAAGUUCAUUACUGCCAAGCUCUUUGACCUCCCAUGGACUGUGGAGCGCAAUCUCACCAUUGGAGAGCCCAUUAUCGAUUUCUAGUCCCUUUUCCAUACAGCUUAAAAUAGCUGUUAAAC